AUGGAUGAGGAAUACGACGUUAUCGUUCUGGGAACAGGUUUGACCGAAUGUAUUUUAUCAGGCUUGCUGUCCGUAGAUGGCAAAAAAGUGCUUCACAUCGACAAACAGGAUCAUUACGGAGGUGAGAGCGCAUCAGUUGCGCUGUCGCAACUUUACCAGAAGUUCAAGCAAAACCCGGUCAGCAAGGAUGAAAUUGAGACCAAAUUCGGCAGAGACCGCGACUGGAGCGUGGAUUUGAUUCCAAAGUUUUUAAUGGCGGAUGGUGAACUGACCAAAAUUCUGGUGCAUACGGACGUAACUCGUUAUAUCGAUUUCAAGCAGGUUGCGGGGUCUUAUGUGUACAAUAAGGGCAAGAUAUACAAGGUGCCCGCGAACGAGCUCGAGGCCAUCUCGUCUCCUCUGAUGGGAAUUUUCGAGAAGAGACGCAUGAAGCGUUUCUUGGAAUGGAUUGGAGAGUAUCAGGAGGACAAUUUGAGAACGCACCAAGGUCUGGACCUGGACAAGAACACCAUGGAUGAGGUAUACUAUAAAUUUGGACUUGGGGCCUCUACCAAGGACUUUAUCGGCCAUUCUAUGGCUCUUUGGACCAACGACGACUACUUGCAGCAGCCUGCGAGAUCGUCUUUUGAGAGGAUUGUGCUGUACCUACAAAGUGUAGCUCGCUACGGCAAAUCGCCAUAUUUAUACCCAUUGUAUGGGUUGGGUGAGCUACCUCAGGGUUUUGCACGUUUAUCUGCUAUUUAUGGCGGAACGUAUAUGUUGAACACUCCCGUAGAGAAAGUUCUUUAUGGAGAAGACGGAAAGUUCGAAGGUGUCACCACUAAGGAAGGUACUGCGAGGGCCCCUGUGGUAAUUGCCGACCCCACCUACUUUCCAGAAAAGUGCAAAUCUACUGGCCAGAAGGUUAUCAGAGCCAUUUGUGUGUUGAAGCACCCAGUGCCCAAUACGGGCAAUGCAGACUCCGUACAGCUUAUCAUUCCCCAAUCGCAGGUUGGCAGACAAAACGACAUCUACGUCGCAGUGAUGUCUGAUUCUCAUAAUGUCGUUGCAAAGGGGCAUUAUCUUGCUAUUGUUUCUACCAUCAUUGAAACCGAUAAACCUCACAUCGAAUUGGAGCCAGCCUUCAAACUAUUAGGGUCCAUUGAAGAAAGAUUCAUGGGAAUUGCAGAAUUAUUUGAGCCCAAGGAAAGCGGUGCUGCCGACAAUGUUUAUCUAUCAAGAUCUUACGAUUCAUCUUCCCACUUUGAAUCCAUGACUGAUGAUGUCAAGGAUAUCUACUUCAGGGUCACGGGCCAUCCAUUAGUCUUGAAGAAGAGAUCACAGGAGGAUGAGGAAGACGAAUAA